AUCGUCUUAUAACCUAUGUAGUGCAAUGGCUGUCGCCAUCGGUUCAAGUCAGUCCUAUCGUUAGUCAGCAGUGCUUAGUGUGCUUGCGAUCUAGCAUGAUCGUAAUAGUAAAAAAUAGUUCACUCAAAAGCAGCGUUGUGCAAUGAAACGUAGCCUUCCGUUAAUGACUUUCUAAUCGUUGUCGAUAUAUUAUAUUUGCUGUUGCGAUGUACAUCGAACCGCUGGGAAAAAUGUAUUUACCUUACAUUGUCAUCACCACCCUGGUCUGCGUAUCUUCGGUCGUUCACGGGAGCGAAAUCGAGUACGACGGUUGGCUGCAAUUGAGGUUAUGGCACGCGUUCAACGACGAUCCGGUGCCCGAGUUCGUGGAGCGAGGGAACGUCACGGUGUCCAGCGUGCGUAGCGGCGCGUCCGUUGUCGGACAGAAUGGUCUGUUGUCGGCGCAGAUAAACACGCUGAAGAACCUUGCCGAGCACGACGGCAAGUACAAGCUGAUGGCGCGAGCACGCAGCUCCUCCGGCAUCGAGUACACCUUCCUCACCUCGGUGCCAGCGUGUUAUCUGCUUGGAUCCGAUCUGGAAGACAUCAUAACGAUAUGGCUGGACAGUGCUGCCGAACCGAUAGCUGUAAGCGUUUCAUCGUUGGGUCCGUGCACGUUGCAGAAUCCUUUCACGAAUAUGUGGACGACGAAUGUCGUGGUCAGGUAUACGGAUGGUGGUCCAAUCCCAAACACGGCUGUGUAUCUUGAGAAACUUGAACGAGAACGGGAAUCAAGGGAGAAAGGCGAGAGCAAGGACAACCGUUCGUUCCUCGCGAAAUACUGGAUGUAUCUUGUCCCCUUGAUGCUCAUUCUGUUCCUGGCGUCCGCGAAUGCAGAAGCUAACGUAGAGGCAAGUGCACAAAGACAAUGAUCUCCGAA